AUGAGUUUUAAAAAUAAAGUAAUUUUAAUAACGGGUGCUGCUUCUGGUAUAGGAAGGGAAAUUGCUAUUCAAUUUGCAAAAUUAUCUGCAAAUUUAUCAUUGCUAGAUAUCAGCUCAGAAAAUUUGAAGCGCGUGGCGGAAGAGUGUCGUAAUUUGAGUGAAUCUAAAGUAUUUACAUUGGUCGCUGAUUUAAGAAAGAGUGAUAAUGUGAAAACUGUAGUUGAUUUAACAAAAGGAGAGUUUGGGAAGAUUGAUGUACUUGUAAAUAGUGCCGGCAUUGCUCGUGUCGGUGAUAUAAAAUGUGUUGAUUUAUUGGAGGACGUUGAUAAUGUUCUUAAUAUUAAUGUGAUUUCUGGCAUAGCUCUAACACAUUAUGCUGCAGAGGCUUUAAUAGAAAGUAAAGGAUGUAUUAUUAAUAUAGCAAGUAUAAUGGCUACAGAAGUAUCAAGAGGCUUGUUAGCAUACAAUGUAUCGAAGGCUGCGGUGUUACAAUUUACAAAAUGUGUGGCCUUGGAGCUAGCAGACAAAGGAGUUCGUGUGAAUUGUAUAUCACCAGGGUCAGUGAAGACUAAUGUUUUAAAUAAUGUGCUACCACCUUCUGAAGAUGUUAAUAAGUUUUGGGAUGAUUUAAUUGAGGACCAUCCAUUGCGUAAAUUAACUACGACCGACGAUAUAGCACACAUGGCAGUGUUUUUAGCAAGUGACAAAGCAAAAAGUAUCACUGGCUGUAAUUACAUAGUGGACUCCGGAAAAACAUUGACCAAAUUUGCCUCUCGCUUUCCUUGA